AUGGACGCAGAAAGCUAUUUGAACCGGCUUUCCGACAGCCACUUGAAGGCGCAGGCCCGCGCCUGGCUGGCCACAGACCGAAACCCCCAAACCCUAGCCCAGGCCCAGCAGCUUCUCCGGGAGGCCCCUGAAGAAGAGCUGAAGGAAAUCUUCUGCAAACAUUUGGUCUUCGGAACUGCGGGGCUGAGGGGCCUAAUGGGCCCCGGCUACAGCCGGCUAAACGACGUGACGAUUCAGCAAGCCUCUCAGGGCCUCGCCAUGUACCUUUUGGACCGCCACGGGAAGGAGGCUUGUGCAGCAAGAGGAAUUGUCAUUGGCAGGGACUGCAGACACAACUCCGAGCGGUUCGCGAACUUGGCGGCCGCGACGUUUUUGAGUGUGGGGUUCAAAGUGCUGCUGUGUGGGGCCCCCGUGGCGACGCCGCUGGUGGCUUUUGCUGCGCUGCAGCAGCAAACUGUUGCUGCUGCUGCUGUUACUGCUUCCCACAACCCCAAGGCCUACAACGGCUUCAAAGUCUUCGACUGCAACGGCGCGCAGAUAGUGCCCCCCGUCGACAGCCGCAUCGCCCAGGCCAUUCAGCAGCACCAAGAACUGUGGCCUUCUGUGGAGAAGUUCUUUUGCCGCACUUCGGGGAAGUGCAGCGCAGCAGCAGCAAACUUGUCGGACCCCACAGCAGCACUGACGGAGGCCUACGUGGCAGCAAUUGCUGCAGACCUGCGCGAGCCCGAGGGCUUCCGCGCAGCAGCACCAGCAGCAGCAGCACCAGCAGCAGCAGCAGCAGCAGCAAAAGAAGAAAAGAAUAAUUACAACUUCAAAAUUGUCUAUACUCCCCUCCAUGGAGUUGGACUUCCUUUUGUCCAAAAGCUCUUUGAGCGCUGUGGCAUGGCCGACGUGCUGCUGCCAGGUAACAAUCAGCAGCAGCAGCAGCUGCUGCUGCUGCUGCUGCAGCAGCAGGUCCGGCAGCAGCAGCAGCAGCAAUUAUUUGUUUAA